GUGAGUGUAGACAAUUGUUAAAAAUUGUCUAAAACGUAACUUACAAUGGCGUCUUUACAGGACAAAGUCACCAUAAUAACAGGUGCAAGUUCGGGUAUUGGAGAAUCGACUGCAUUACUGUUUGCUGAGAGCAAAGCAAAGGUAGUUCUAGCAGCUAGAAAUGUCGAGAACCUUGAGAAAGUAGCAUCCUUGUGUCAAUCUAAAGGAUUAUCGAAAAAUGAUAUAUUGGUUAUUCCUUGCGACGUCACUAAUGAAGAAAAUUUGAAGACAUUAGUCGAUGAGACCGUAAAGAAAUUUGGAAGAAUUGAUGUUCUUAUCAAUAAUGCAGGUAGAGGAAAUAUGGGUAAUGUUAUGGCGACAUCAGCAACUACUCUAGACGAUACAAUGAACACCAACUUCAAAUCGAGUUAUAAUUUGUCUAGGUUGUGUGUUCCACAUCUUAUUAAAACUCAAGGAUCCAUCGUGAAUGUUUCUAGUCUAUUAGGACAACGUGCAGGUCCCCAUAUUUCUGCUUAUUGCAUUGCUAAAGCUGCUUUGGAUAUGUUCACACACUUGUUAGCCUUAGGUAUCAUAUGUGUUACGUAAUUCAUUCUGCCAC